CGGAAAUUUAAACAAUGGCACCCCGGCAUUGUUGUUAAGCUCUUACAAGCCACCCCUCUUUGCCCUUCCCGAACCCAAAAAGCACACUAAUCUUUUUUUCCCUCUCUCUUUCUAUCAUCUCGUCAUCAUGUUUAGUCGAAGUGUCUCCAGACUUCAAAAGACAGCUUCUGCUGCUCUCAAACGAUCCUACACCACAGAACAACCUGGUGCUCACAAGUUGGCCGAAGAAGCUUUAGCCCAAAAAGUCAGUUCAAAGGGCAAAGCUACUCUUCCCAAGGGCGACAAGAAACCUCUUAAAGCCAAGGGUGAAAAGACUAACAAAUACAAGGAAAUCGCAUUGACCACUGGUGCCAUUACUGGUCUCGGUCUUGGUACUUUGUUCUACUACGGUCGUCCCUUUGAGGAUGGUAGAGAGGAUAAGUAUGUAGAGGAGAACCCACUUUGUGCUGCUUACAACCGUUGUCGUGACAGAUUUAGAGAGUUCCAGCAAGGUAUGAGUGAUCCCAUGUGGGAUAAACUCCUUCCCGAGCCUUUACCUGAGCCAUAUCGUCGUGCUUAUACACUUGUAAUCAACCUGGAUGAGACAUUGGUACACUCCACUUGGGAUAAAGAACACGGCUGGCGUCACGCCAAGAGACCUGGUGUGGAUUAUUUCCUCUCUUACCUCUCUCAAUUCUACGAAAUCGUCAUCUUUACCUCUCAAUCCUCCAUGAACGCCAUGCCUAUUUUAGAUAAACUUGAUCCUUACCAAUAUGCCAUGUACAGAUUGUAUCGUGAAGCUACGCGUUAUGUGGAUGGAAAAUACGUCAAGGACUUAUCUCACUUGAACCGUGAUUUAAGCAAGGUGAUUAUUAUGGAUUCUAACCCCGAAGCCUUCAGUUUGCAACCCGAGAACGGUAUUGCUUUAAAGCCAUGGAAGGGACAAGUCAGAGACCAAGGUCUCUUGGAGUACAUUCCCUUCUUGGAAGCUGUUGCUUUGACCACACCUGAGGAUAUUCGACCCGUGUUGAAGAGUUUUGAGGGAGAAUAUAUCCCUCUUGAAUGGGCCAAGCGUGAACAAGAAAUGAAUAGAAUGCAUCGCUUGCAAUGGGAAGAGGAACAAAAGAGCAAGAAGACAUCUCGUAAUUUAGGAUCUAUUUUAGGUGGUGGUGGUAAUAAUGCUCAAGUAGAAGGACCUCCCCCUACUUAUUUAGAACAAAUGAGAAAGCACGUCAGAGAGACUUUUGCUUCUGAAUUCGAACAACAAAAGAAGAGUCAAGAAGAAGCCAUGGCACAAGACAUGGAAAGACAAAUGGAAAUGAUGAAGGAAAUGAAAAUGUCAGUUUGGGACUUGAUGACUCAAGCAGCAUCGGGUCAACCUUUAGCUCCCCCUCCUCCCCCUUCUUCUCCAGAACAACAAUAAAUAAUCAAAAAAAAAAAGAAAAAAAAAUUGACAAUAUCAUGUGAUACUUUGCAUGAAUAUAACGGAAAGCAUUCCGCUUCCAUAGUAACACAUUUCAAAUCUAUCUUUAAAUCCGGC